GUCGACGGCACUCAUACGAUGAGGUGAGAAUACACCCCCUCGAUAUAAUGUUUUGCAUGUGGAUUGCUAACGAGGUUGUCUGUAGAGCUUUUGCGACGGUGAAAGAGUUUGAGGGGGUCUGGAAAAUGGACCCCAGGUUCAAGGACAGCUGGUAUUUUGUGCGGACGGUGGAGGGGGAGAAGAUGAAGUGAGAAUGGAGACCCCAAAGCACACCCGCACCGCCAGACCACCCCUCGCCCAAUUCCCUGUCGACUACACGAGUACUUCUCUCAGCGUCGAUGACUUGGGAUGGUACUGCUAUAACCGUGGCUACGCUAUGUCUAAAUCUACGGAGCUCCUGAAGCUGCCAACACUUCCGGGUCACUCACCAUGGCUGUGCAGCCGAGCAAGGCUCCAUCAUGCCACUUGUCCGAUGCGCAGUCUACAGCGAGCGCACAAUGGACAGUACGGAAUCGUAGCAGCUUCAAACAUCGUUCGAAAAUCCGUU